GCUGUUUGUAUACCUCUCCAGAUACCUAAAACCUGAUCACAUUUUUCCUGGGCUGGACUGCUUUCCUGGUAUCUAACCAUGCAGCGGAGAUCAAGAGGGAUUAAUACUGGGCUUAUUCUGCUCCUUUCUCAAAUCUUCCAUGUUGGGAUCAACAAUAUUCCACCUGUCACCCUAGCAACUUUGGCUCUCAACAUCUGGUUGUUCUUGAGUCCCCUGAAGCCACUGCACAGCUCCUGUCUCAGCGUGGAGAGGUGUUACCAGUAUAAAGACUGGCAGCGUUUGCUGCUUUCUCCCCUUCACCAUGCCGACGACUGGCAUUUGUACUUCAACAUGGCGUCCAUGCUCUGGAAAGGAAUAAAUCUGGAAAGAAGACUGGGAAGUAGGUGGUUUGCGUAUGUCAUCACCACAUUUUCCCUACUCACUGGGGUGGUGUACCUGCUCCUGCAGUUUGCGCUUGCCGAAUGUAUGGAUCAGCCUGAGUUCAGAAGGAACUGUGCCGUGGGUUUCUCAGGAGUUUUGUUUGCUUUGAAAGUUCUUAACAACUAUUAUUGCCCUGGAGGCUUUGUCAACGUUUUGGGCUUCCCUGUACCCAACAGAUUUGCUUGUUGGGCCGAACUCGUGGCUAUUCAUUUAUUAUCACCAGGGACUUCCUUCGCCGGGCAUCUGGCUGGGAUUCUUGUUGGACUAAUGUACACUCAAGGGCCUCUGAAGAAAAUCAUGGAAGCAUGUGCAGGCAUUUUUGCCUCCAAUAUUGGUUACUCAGGACAGCAGUACUACUUUAAUAGUUCAGGCCAUUCUGGAUAUGAGAAUCAUUAUCCAUAUGGCAGACCAGGCUACUAUGAAGAAGCACCCAGGAACUACGAUGUGUACACAGCAGGACUGAGUGAGGAGGAACAGCUGGAGAGAGCAUUAAGAGCCAGCCUUUGGGACCGAGGAAAUACCAGAAACAGCCCACCGCCCUACGGGUUUCGUCUCUCUCCAGAAGAAGAAAUGAGGAGACAGCGGCUUCACAGAUUCGAUGGCCAGUGAGGUGGCACGGUGUCUGGGGAAGACGUGGUCCAGUCGUGUAAUUAUUGCCCAUUUGGUUCCCCAGGCACAUAGUUUGUUUUAAACAAAAGCAGAGUACACCGUUACCGUUCCAGACUGCUCACAUCUGCCUCGAACACCAUCCUGUGUCCCUGUGAGUCUAGAUGCACAAGCCAGACGACUCGUUCUGGAGCGGGGUUUUCUGAAGGCAGCUCACAGCUUUCUGGGAGCAGCCCUUCCCCUGGCCUCCUCCUCUCUCCCAGACAGUUCACUUCCCCGACGUAGGGACGGGUUUCCACACUCUCUUCUCUCACCGCUGGCUCGGCAGUGCCUCUGCUUUGUUUUCCUUUUGAAGACCGUGACCUUCACCAGGAGGUUUAUUUUUGUGUGUGUGUGUGUGUGUG